AUGAAACACUAUUUUAGACCGUUUGCGCUUAUCGUGAGCACUAAAACGCGCACGGUGAUUUUUGCUUCGCUACUUCUAUCUUUCGCUCCCUUUAUAUUAUUAUUUGGCAAGAUCUCUUCCCAUUUGAAACCUAAAAUCUCAAACUCUUUGCUCUGUGAUGAAUCGACAGCUCCCAUCAAUAAAUUCAAUUCACAUUGCACAAUGGACAUUUGCUUCGACAGCGCACGUUGCACCAGUUUUAAGGUUUAUGUGUAUCCGGAUGACCCAGAUGCCCCGAGGGCUUCCGCGAACUAUCGAAAAAUACUCACUGCCAUUCGGGAAUCGCCAUUUUAUACACCGAACCCAGAGGAAGCCUGUCUCUUUGUUCCAAGCCUUGAUACUCUUGAUAGGGAUCCACGCAGCCCUCGAUUUAUUCAUAACCUUCAGAGUCGUUUGAAUAAUUUACCAUUCUGGUCUAUACAACCACGUUAUGCUAAACAAGCUAAAGACAACUCGACCCAAAAGCCGCAUCCAGGUCAGAACCACCUACUUUUUGUCCUCUUUCCUGGGAGCUGGCCUAGUUAUGAUGUUGAUGAUCUGCGAAUGGAUGUUGGGAGCGCCAUGCUGGCCCGUGCAUCGGCCUCUCGAGUCCGUAUGAGAUUGGGGUUUGAUAUAUCCUUUCCUCUCGUGACCACCAAUUAUCCUGAAUGGGACCAGUCGCCGCGAUUCCGGCCUACGCAAAAUGGUUAUAUUCGACUGUCUUUACUCACUAGCUUCAAGGGCAAAAGGUAUGUAGUCGGUAUAGGUUCGGAGACCCGGAAUGCCCUCUUUCAUAUCCAUAACGGCAAGGAUAUUAUCAUGGCUACGACUUGUAAGCACAUGCAUAACUGGAACCUGUAUGCUGACGCCCGUUGUGCCACCGAUAAUGCAUAUUACGAAACAGUCUCAUACGAAAAUUUGCUCCACAAUUCCACCUUCUGCCUCGUUCCUCGCGGCCGUCGCCUCGGUUCCUAUCGUUUUUUGGAGGUGCUGGAGGCGGGCUGUAUCCCGGUUUUAUUGGCCAACGAUUGGGAGCUGCCUUUCUCGGAGGUUAUUGACUGGAGUCAGGCAGCCAUCCUGGCCGAUGAGCGAACUCUGUCUCGGCUGCCCGAGUUACUGCGUAACUUCCCCGAUAGCCGAAUUGUCAGAAUGCGAGAACAAGUUCGCUUUAUUUGGGACAGUUAUUUCCGCUCUAUAGAAGCCAUCGUUCAAGUGACUUUGAUGUCCAUUCGUGACCGCCUGACCUUGCGCCAGAAAAACUACGGUGUCUGGAACAGGAGGCCUGGAGGAGUUGUGUUCUCUGAGACAGUUACCAUCAACGACUGUGAAUACCCAUCUCCAAACCUACCACCAAAGUGUCAAGAUGAAAUCAACAAGGGUUUUACUCUUAUUGUUACAAUUCGCCCACCCUUCUGCAAGGACUAUUUAGUGCGUCUGAAAACGUUGGCCUCCGUUUUUACGCAAUCCGAUGACCUUAAAAAGGCAAUCCUGGUGUGGCAGUGCAGCGACACCCUACCAUCUUCCGAGAAGCUGUCGAUGAGGGUUUUUGGCAGUCUGCCUGUUUCCGUGUCGUUUGCACCGCUCCCUCCCGACAUGGCUCCGUUGGACUUCGUUCCGCCCUCCCCCUCAAAUCGCUUUCGUCCUUCCCACAAGGAUAUCCCCACCAUUGCCAUUUGGAGCGUAGAAUUAGAUGUCAUCAAGGAACUGGAACUACAUCAGAUCAAUGCAGCUUAUGCAUUGUGGCGACAACACCCCCAUCGUCUAAUUGGGUUUCAUGAGCGUCUCCACGUCUGGGAUAACAAAAGUGCUACAUGGAAUUACUCAGUUGACACAUCAGCAUAUGGAAGGUUUUCCAUGGUCCUUCUUAAUGCUGCCGUUUAUCAUCGAUAUUAUCACACCCUCUACUGGAGGCUGACGACUGCGAAGUUGCGCGAAACCAUCGACACUCUGGCCACAGGGGAGGACAUUCUUUUUAACUGUGUCGUCGGCUACGCUUCUAGGUCCGCACCUCUGCUUCUGUCCACUGGUGGUGAACGUCCGUCGUCAUCAUCUAACCAGCCUACUGAACUUGUAAAUUACAUGGGUGUGUCAACGAUGGAUACGAGCCAUAAACCCUUAAUUACUCCGACUGUUGUUCUCAGCUAUCGGCACACGUGUCUCCGGGCCUUUGCCAACCACUUUGGUCCGCUUCAGGGUGCUGGAGUUGCGAACGCUCUGGCGGACAGUCACAUUGGCAUAAUGAAUGCAACCAACGUCCCUUUCCUUCCACUCUUUACCAGCAAUCUUCGGUACGUGGUUUGA